GUUCGAAAUUGGCUUACGAACAAAGCUACGUGAUACCACGCCUCUUUUUCUAGUUGACAAUUACCUAUAUCGAGUCGAAACUCGUAUCAACUAACCUAAAAAGAUGUUCCUGUCAAAGUCAAAUGUCAAAAUAACAGUGUCAAAUAGUCCAAUGUGUUUUUGCCAGUUUUUCAUUUUCGGGUGAUUUUCAUCAGUGUACAUGGUGUAUGUGUGUUCUUGUAGAGUUUUGGUUUAGAUUUUGACCAUUAUUUACAAUUUUCAAGUGCGUAUAGGGAGGAGGAAGGCAUACGAUGGCAGGCGGCUUUACGGAAACAGCUUUUAUAAAAAAACUAAAUGAGUUAAACAAUUCUUCCCAGAGUAUACAAACUCUUUCACUGUGGCUGAUACAUCACAGAAAGCAUUACAGCACUGUGGCAAAGCUAUGGAUGAGAGAACUAAUAAAAGCAAAAGAUAGCAAGAAACUGACCUUUAUGUACCUAGCUAAUGAUGUAAUUCAGAACAGUAGGAAGAAGGGCCCAGAAUAUGGGAAGGAGUUUGGAUUACAUCUAAAGAAAGCUUUUGAGCACAUGUCUAAAGGUGAUGAGAAAACAAAAAAUAGUUUGGAUAGGCUGCUCAAUAUUUGGGAAGAACGAGGAAUCUAUGACAGUGUACUGAUAAGUGAAUUCAAAAGAGCUUUAGUCAUUGGUUAUGGACCACCAGCCAAGCGAAUAAAGAAAAGCCCAACUAGAGAGAGAAAGAAGUCUGAAAAUGAGAAGGUAAUUGAACAUUCUGAUGGAACUAUUGAGACACAUGUUCACCUCAGUCCUCAUACACCAGCAGGAGAUCCCCCUGAGCCUGAAGAGUUGAUCAAAGCUAUUCAAGACAUGGAACUGAAUAUUGCUUCAUCAGAUGAGAUUGUACGAGAGAGAAUCGCCAAGCUACCUCGGGAGGUGUCUGAGGUCUCAUUGAUCUCAAAAAUAGAAGAUAAAGAGACUGCUGAAAAGCUGAGUAUACAAGUGAUGGAAGCUGUUCAUUUGCUGAGUCAGUACAACAUGAGGCUGUCAGCUGAAAUGGAACAUCGUAAAAAAUUGGCUGUGAUGAUGCAGGAUUUUCUGCAUGUCCAGGAAGAACUGUUAGCUCAAGCUGAAAGAAACUUAGAGGAAUACCAAGAAAAAUUACUGAAGGUGUUCAGUGUGAGGACGGAACUUCACAACCAUAUUAGGAACCUACCUGACUUGACACAACUCCCAAAUGUCACAGAUGGUCUGGCACCACUACCUUCGGCUGAACAUUUGUUCAUGCAGUAAGGGAAGAAGUUAUUUUAUCUAAUAUGUCAUAAAUGUUUUUAUGAUUUCCUCUGCGAGAAUAAUUUGGUUCAUUAAGUACUUUCAGCUGAACAUUUUGAGAGCUUCGUAUUAAAAGAUGCUGAUAUAUCAUUGGAGAAUAAUGAUAUCACUACCAUAAGAUUUACCACGCUUUCUUUUAUUUGUUGUGAAAAAACUACUUCAUUUAGUGAAUCAAAGAAUGCUACUAGUAAUAUCUUAAUUUCCCAAACAUUUUUAUACACCAUUUUUUGACACAAAGCUCUGAGUUUGUUCAUAUAGUGAGAGUUAAUUUUAUAUAUCAUGUUGUGAAUGUAUUAAUUCUUUUUUUUUUGUUGGAAAUGUUUAAGUUCAUUGGUUGAUAUAUAUUUAUAAUAUCUCAUGUAUUAUGACAAAAACUUUUUUCAUGUACUGUCCAAUAAAAAGACAGUUUAAUAUCUCCCACCAGAAGAUACCCCACAAAGUUGAAAGCGGUACCUGCACGAAAAUAAGCAUACUAUCCUGGCACCACCAAUUUAUGCAUACAUCUAUACACUGACAACCAAAUUUGUCUGACGGCUAGAGUUCAUCGUGUAUGAGAGAGAAGUGUGUAUAGACACAUAUGGAUAGCGAAGCUCAUCACCGCGUUGCCUAGCAACGCUAACGCGGCAAUCUGCCGUGUUGCUAAUAAGUUACACCAGCUCCUUCUUUACGCUCAAAUAAUGGUUUUAUUUUGAGCAUACUCAUUUAUGAAUUCUGCAACAUUGCAUCAGUGCUACGUUUGAUAACACCGCAUCUUGUACAUUCCAAGGUAAGGUUUCCACUUCUAUGCUCAUAGUUGAACGAUUUUGGACAAUACCCAUCUAGCGCUAUUGAGGAGUGUCGUCCUGAUUAAAAAUAGUUUUCAUCUGCAUACACUUAGGGAGUGAUAAUUUGUUUUGCGUAAUAGUAAUUGUUACAUUUUCCGACUGCUCGCUGUCGCAAAGUGUAACACUAACUCAGGAUGUGUUGAUUUUAUCACCAUCGGUGGAAAUAAAAGAUUAUACUAAAAUAAAACACUAAGUCGCAUCAAAAUUAAAAUAAUUAAUUCUGAUCAAAAUGAGAACAAAAUAUUAAAUUUAAUGUUAGAACAGACCUCCUUAUUAAGUUUGACAGUAACGUAACCUAUUGUAGCAGCGUGUGCGAACAUUUUCUGGUGUAACAAAUUGGCGACGCGGCAAAUUGCACAACCUUCUGGGUCACCGUUGCUAGGCAAUGUGGUGAUGACCUUCGCUCUUCGGACGGCGUUCUAACAUGUGUUGAUACACACUUCUCGCGCUUCUCUUUUUUGGACACAUUGAACUCAAGCUGCAGGUCAAAUUUGGUUCGCAGUGUAUACCUUCUGACCACCUUCUUGUUACCUCUUGGACUGUUGCCCUAUAUUAUAUUACGGGAUUUCCUUUCCCUAGAUGAGAAAUUCUGGGAAUAUGAAAUCUAAUUCAAAUGAGGUUGAGGGAUGGUGCUUCCUUGGGCGUUUGAUUGUACAAUUUUCUUUAAAAGAAACAUUGAGUCUGUUUUCUAAGGGAAAUAAUGCUACUCUGCUUGGCAACAAGGCAGUUGCAAGUGAACAUCCAAAUACCAUGGCUGGAAAUCUUGGUGGAGAACUCACAUUAAUGUUAUUGUAUUAUAAACCACUUUGCUGUUUAUAUGUAAAACUCGUGUCAGCAUUAUCCAAAAUUCGAGGACUGAUUUGUUUCAAUGACCCAGACUAUUUAUCGUGGCAUUCAUGUGACAAUAUCAGGAAUGGUUGUCCGAUUAUAUAAAAUUAUUACGCACUGUCUUGUCUUGUAUAUGCAGGGUGUCUCAGGAAAACACGGAAGUAUUUAUAUCUUUGUAGUGUAUUAAGUUAUUGACUUUUGUACAUUUAGUACUGACAUAGCAAUACAUACAAAAAUAUUAUUGUGUCUGAGAUUGUACCAGUAGCGUAGAAAUUAAGUGUUUUUGACUUUUUUGGAACACCCAUUACAUGUUUAGUAAGGUGUUCAGUUUUACAUGAAUCGCCUCUCGAGAAAUGUCGGAAUACUUACUGUUUUUAGAAUUUGAAUGUUUGUGGUAAAGUCGGUAAAAAAACUUCAGACUCAGCUUUGGAAAUACUCCAAAGUUGGUGAAGUUUCACCAAACUUCACAACCACGGAUAUACAGAAUUGUGUCUAGUGUCUUAGGAGAUUCACUGAAGGGUAUCUUGGUAAUGGGACAUUUUAGGAUCUAUGUUUAUAGCAACUUUUUAUGUUAUUUUUGGAUGUAAUGUCUUAGAAAUAUUGUCAUGAUUUUCUGAAACACCAUGUAUAUAGACACCUAUUAUUUUAUCGCAAGUGUAAUCAUCUACAGUAUGUUAUUAUAUAUCUUACACUGGCGCCUCAUAGGUUGUAUAAAUGACAACACUGGUUUGGUAUUGCCUGCCUGGUCAGGCAACUUUCAUUAUGAAAAUUCAGCUGUGUAAUCGUUGAGGUAACAUACAUACUUUUGGAUUGUAGAUAAUGUGUGUGUGUGACUAAGUCCAAUUAAAAGAGCACAUAGCUGACUGCAUGCUGAUUUUAUUGUUCUUCUGUAGAUAGUCCUUUAGGUAAUAAUUGCAAUGUUAAGUGAGAGUACCUUCUAAAUAAAGUUAUCAUUGUG